ACUCACGACAUGCCUCCAACCAAACAAACCACUCGCCAGGCUAUUACGCUCAAGGGCUCGACCGCCCUAGUCACUGAAUUCUUCAAGUACGCAGUCAAUACCAUCCUCUUUCAACGCGAAGUUUACCCCUCUGAUGAUUUUCAUAUGGUGAAGAAAUAUGGCCAGGUGGUGCUAGUUACACAGGAUCUUGCCCUCGAGAACUACCUCGAAAAAAUUCUCAAACAAGUACAAAAAUGGAUUUUAACGGGUUCGGUUACGCAAUUGGUGCUAGUUAUUCUCGCAAAAGAGACGCGGACGGCACUAGAACGCUGGGUGUUUGAUAUCAAGUUGGUAGAACCUGUUGGUGGCGAGCCGGGAGAAUCGAGUAGCAAACCGGAGACCGAAAUUCAAUCGGAAAUCAGAGCAAUUCUAAAACAGAUUGUUUCGAUGGUGACUUUUUUGCCUGUGAUGCAAGAGGAGAAAGUGUUCAAUAUCCUGGCGUACACUUCGGAUUCGGCGGAUGUCCCGGUGGGUGAAUGGAUUGACACUGAUCCGUUGGCAAUCGAAGCUGGGAAGAGUCAGCAAGUCAAGUUGAGAUCCUUCUCAACGGACAUUCAUCGUAUCGAAGCAAUGGUUGCAUACCGCUAUGAAGAGUAG